AUGUAUAGCGGGAUGGCCGAUGGUCUGUGUGAAGGGGCAUCUCUGUUUGGUCGAGUUUCACAACUUUUGUUUUUGUGGGCGUUUCUUGGGUUAAUUUUUCGGAUUCCCCCCUGUACCCUGGGAGACGCCAUAAUUCGCCCACAGGGCUCUUGUACUCCGCUGCUUACCGGAGUACUCAAUCGUCGGGACUAUAUUGAUCUUCCAGCACGGUCACGCAAUUCAAUUUCAAAUUUCCAGCCUAGUCAAACGCCCUUCAUCAUGCUGCACCAUAGGCGGAGAGAUUGUAUCCAUCAUCAUACACCAUUAUCUCAUUAUGUCCAACAUCUUGUCUGCCUGCCUAGAAGUAAAGAGUGA